AUGAUGGAGGGCCCUUCAAACACAUUUUUCACCAGGGCUGCGCUUGUCCGUAACUCCAGGAAGCGGUAUUCAGCCCGUGUGUUCUAUCUUGUGAUAUUUACCGUCCUUGCUCUGGCCCUUGGAAGCCGUUUUCUCCCCCGCAUCCGAGAUGAACUCCCUGCGCCAGGGACUUCAAGAAGUCGAAGGUCGUUUUCGCCGAGCACACCGGACUGGACGGUACAAAAGCAUGUAACAGAGUGUCGACUGGUCCACCAUGCCAAAGACCAGUGCGCCUUUAUUCGAGAUAACUGCCAGGACGAAGAUAUCGGCCUUAUUUCCUACCUAGAGCUUUACUACUGUCGGCUCGAGGGAGCGAAACCACUUGGCUUCGCCAUACUCGCAACAUGGCUCGGUAUGCUUUUUAGCACGGUGGGAAUCGCGGCGAGCGACUUCCUAUGUGUCAACCUAAGCACCAUCGCCAGCAUCCUUGGAAUGAGUGAGAGCUUGACGGGUGUUACAUUUCUCGCCUUUGGAAAUGGAAGCCCAGACGUGUUCUCUACAUUCGCCGCCAUGAGUUCCAAUAGUGGGAGCCUGGCUAUCGGCGAACUUAUCGGCGCUGCUGGGUUUAUAACAGCCGUUGUUGCCGGAUCUAUGGCACUUGCUAGGCCCUUUAGAGUUGCUCGGAGAAGCUUCGUUCGCGAUAUUCUCUUCUUUGCGGUCGCUACCGGUUUCAGCAUGGUAUUCGUUGCAGAUGGAAAGCUACAAGCCUGGGAAUGCGCGACCAUGAUCGGGUUUUAUAUCUUCUACGUCAUUGUCGUUGUCACUUGGCAUUGGUAUACGGGUCGACAGCGACGGAAACUAGAGCGUGAUCUUGCUGCUCGUGCCCAUUUCCAUAUCCCCCAAAACCAAGAAUUGGAGAUUAAUGAGGUACCGGAAGACGAUGAUCCCAUUGCUGGUGGCGAGCAGCGUCCGCUUCUGGGUGCGACAAAUGACGAUUUCGGAACUUUGGAACGGGCAGAUAUCCCUAUUUUGAGAGUCGAGGAUGAGGAUGACGAAGAAUCUUGGGACAGACAGCAGCUGGCAGAGCUCCAUGAUAAUAUGCGAGUGAGCAGGCCACAGACAAGCCAGAGAAUGGUUCCUAGUAGCGCUAUCCGGCCAAGUUUGGUUGGCGCUCUGGAAUUUAGAUCGGUUCUCUCUUCGUUGCGCAAAUCCAGAAGUCUCCAAUCUGGUAGGAUUCAUUUACGAAGCUACUCAGAUGACCAAUAUGCCACCACAGACCCGAGAUCAUUCCGCCCCAGAGCUUCAACAACCCAGCGUCCACAGUUUUAUUCCUAUCAUGACGACGAGAGGGCGGCCCCAACAGGCUUGUCUAUCGCCUCACGACCACAUAUACUAGCUCACGGCCCAGAUAAUGAGCCAGGGAUCCAGCAGGAACAGCAUGCGAAUUUCCUCUGCGCAUCGCCUACAUCAUCGGGCUAUCCUUCAAGGUCUCAAAGCCCUGCUCCCUCCGUCGAUCGCUCAAAAUCUCCUAGUCGGUUAGUGCCUCCACACACUGUCUUUCAUCGACCAUCCUACGAGUCAGGGGGCCCUACUCCGUCAAUUCAAUCCUCGGUCUCACCUCAGACAACUCCUCGCACUCAUGGUGGUGCUACCACUCCGGAUAGCUCUGGGUCAAUUACGCCGUUUCCUCCUUACACUGAUGAGGCUGCCUAUGGCCACUCGAGUUUUCCCAGUCUUCGAUUUCAGAGAUCAGGCCACUCGCUGGGCUCAGAGUACAUACGCGGACAGUCUGCAGGCACCGAUAUCGAGGUUCCUGGACCAAAAUGGUGGCCGCGUUCAUAUCUACCCAUCCCCGAAGUAUUCGUAUCAGCACUCUUCCCGACGCUCUACGGCUGGGGAGAAAAAUCCAUAUGGGACAAGCUUCUUGGGAUUGCGGCAGCACCUAGUGUUUUUAUCCUGACGGUGACUUUGCCUGUAGUGGAAACGGAAAGCUCUGAACCUGAAGUCACCGCUUCCCCUGAGCAGACAUCGGCAGCCGCAAUUCCACAUAGGCCAGGGAGGAGCGGCUCAGAGGCGGCUCCGUCAAUCACAGUACCUCGUUACUACGACGAUGAACAACACGAAACAAACACCGAUUUGCUUGUUCGGCCAUCUAUCAAUCGCGUCCGACAAGACUCCGAACUACCAGUCAUGCCACCAAGUAUGGAACCCAACAGCAAGGGUGAUUCUUCUGCCAAAGAGUGGAACAGAUGGCUCCUAUUGCUUCAACUUUAUACCGCUCCGUUCUUUAUUACCCUAACGCUGUGGACCAACCUUCGCCCAGAGCAUAACCCACGCACAUUAAUCUUACCAACCCUCAUAUCGUUACUUGUCUCUUGCGUCUUCACCGCCAUUCUCAUUCUUUCAACUAAAGGCUCCUCUAACAAACUACCUAAACCCCUUCGGCCAUUUGCUGCCUUCCUCGGAUUUGCCGUUGCAAUCGCAUGGGUCUCGACGCUAGCUACUGAGGUCGUCGCCCUGCUUAAGCUGUUCGGUGUAAUUCUGAACAUCAGCGAUUCUUUGCUGGGCCUUACUAUCUUUGCCGUCGGUAACUCCUUAGGCGAUCUCGUCGCCAAUGUCACCAUCGCACGCUUGGGAUAUCCGAUAAUGGCGCUCAGUGCGUGUUUUGGUGGACCAAUGCUAAACAUCCUUAUUGGUAUUGGUGUUGGAGGGUUAUAUAUGACUCUCCAGCAAGCGCAGAGCCUUCAGUCCUCAGGUCUCGUUUCACAGGCGUUGGCGACUAUUGUGCAACCGUACCCCAUCGCGGUAUCUAAAACAUUGAUUAUCAGCGCCGCCACACUGAUGAUCACAUUAGUCGGACUACUUAUCGUUGUGCCAUUGAACAAGUGGCGGAUGGACCGGAAUGUUGGAUUUGGACUUGUUGCGCUAUGGAGUUUUAGCACCAUUAUUAAUGUCGUCGUUGAACUAACUUCAUGA